AUGGCCCAGGAGCAGAAGGACUUUCUGAUCACCAUCAUUGGUGGCGGUAUUGCAGGAAUUGUCCUUGCAAUCUCACUUCUCAGAAGAAACAUUCCCUGCAUAAUCUACGAGAAAGCGCAUGCCUUCAGCGACAUCGGUGCCGGCCUGGGAAUAAGCCCCAAUGCACAAGACGCCAUGGCUGCUUGUGAUCCAAGCGUACAUGAAGCGUUUAAAAAUGUCGCCAAUGGUAACACCUGGGAGUCCAAGAAAAGCUUCUUGUUUGAGUUUCUUGACGGCAUGGACGGGGCGACUACCGACUCCCCUCUGUUCCAUAUCGAGAAUCGUACCGGGCUACAGGGUUGUCACCGGGGCGCCUUCGUAAAUGAACUCAUAAAGCUCUUACCCAGCGACUUGGUGCAGUUUAACAAACAACUUCAGACAGUGGAGGAAAAUAGGAGUGGUGGAAUCCGACUUACCUUUCAGGAUGGCACAAUUGAGGAAGCUGAUGCUGUUGUUGGCUGCGAUGGCAUCAAGUCCAAAGUUCGCGAAAUUCUCGUUGGAGCAGAUCAUCCGUCGUCAAAGUGUUCAUACACGCACAAAUAUGCUUACAGAGGAAUGAUCCCCAUGCAACAAGCAGCUGAGGUAUUGGGGGAGGAGAGAGCUCUUAAUGCCACGAUGUGGUUGGGGAAGGACAAGCAUCUGUUGAGCUAUCCUGUUGCGCACGGGACCAUCUUGAAUGUGGUGGCAUAUUGUUCAAGCUCCGACGACUGGCCAAGUGAAUCUCAGCUGGUUCUUCCGGCCACCAAAGAGGAUCUUCUCCGGGAUUUCGAAGGCUUCCGAUCAUCGGUGCUAAGGAUUCUCGAUAAUACUGAUAAGCUUGACCGCUGGGCCAUCUUCGAUCUAGGCGAGAAUCCAGUUCCGACCUUUGCAACAGGUCGAGUAUGUAUCAUCGGAGACGCAGCACAUGCUUCAUCUCCACAUCAUGGAGCGGGAGCAGGCUUAUGUAUUGAAGACGCUGCUGCGUUAGCGUCCAUAUUGGCGCAUGACACGAUCCAAGUUGGUGUCGAUAUCGAGGCUGCGUUCUCUGCAUUUGAUAGAAGUCGACGAGACAGAGCCCAAUGGGUCGUUCAAAAGUCUAGACGAGCGGGUCAACUAUUUGAACGCCAAACUGAGAUUGAUAGUGAUUUUGAUAAGAUAUACAAGGAGCUGGAGGAGACGCUACCUACGAUCUGGGAUUACGAUAUCGAAGAAGCGAUAAAGAUUGCCUCGAUCGAGUUGGAUAAAGCUUGA